AUGCAACCGAUCCGCUUGUGGAUGGCCGGUCCCAAGGAGUCGGCCGGCCCGAACCCAUGGAAGGUCCUUUUUGUUCUGGAAGAGCUUGGCCUUCCAUAUGAGCUCAAAGUAAUACAUAUAUCCAAGGUCAAGUCACCCCCUUUGACCGACCUCAGCACCAAUGGUCGAGUUCCAGUGAUUGAGGAUCCUAACCGGGAUCUCGUCCUUUGGGAAUCGGGCGCUGUGAUUACCUACCUGGUGCAAGAGUACGAUAAGGACAAGAAGUUGACACAUGCUGAGGGGAACGAGAUCCAUCAUCAAAAUCAAUGGGUCUACUUCCAAACCAGUGGUCAAGGUCCUUACUUCGGUCAAGCAGCAUGGUUUAAGAUACACCAUCCUGAGCGUAUUCAAUCUGCCAUUGACCGGUACUUGAACGAGAUUCAUCGUGUCCUGGGAGUUUUGAAUAAGGCGCUCGAGGGUAAGGAGUGGCUUGUUGGCGAAAAGAUGACGUUUGCCGAUAUGGCCUUCGUGCCCUACAAUAGCCUUCUUCACCUCGCGUUUGGUUGUGACCCAGACGAGUCGUUGAAGGACUAUCCCAAUGUAGAUGCUUGGCAUAGACGCAUGUUGUCGAGAGACUCGUGGAAGAAGGUUAUGGAGUUGAAGAACACCCUGGAGAUCAAUACGUAA